CUCAAUCUCUCUUUUCCUUGCAGAUCGGUCUCCCUCUCGGUCUCUGCAUAGGCAAUCAGAGCUCUUUACUAGCAGAACCUCCUCACGCUGAUUGUAAUGAAUUUCCAUGCUGAAUGAAAUACAGCAGAUGCUUUCUUUCCACCCCACCAUCAAGACAGCCUUUUUCCUUAUUUUUGGUUUACUACAUUCCUGUGGACUGCAAGAUCGCCUUGGAUUUCAACAAAUAAUCUAUAUUUGUUCCUAGAUGUAAAAAAAAAAGAAAGAAAGGAAAGGAGUCUGAUUUGCAUCAAGCAAUCUGAUUAGGAUUCCCUUUGGCAGGAUUUGGCUGUUGUAAGAAACACUGCAUUUAUCUCCCUCUCUCUCUGUGAUACUGCUUUAUCCAGGCUGAUCAACCUGGUCCUUUGCAGUGUAUGAACUCGAAGCAUCAAGAAAAAAUUGAGCUUGGAAUAGUGUGACAAAUAAUAUUUCAGUUUUUGGGGAAUGGGCUUAAAUUCACUGAAAACUUGGAGAUUACAUAUGGCAAAAAUACAACGGUGGCAAUAAUUUUGUGCUGCACUUAACAUCGCAAAUUCAGCUUGGCCUGGCUAAAGAUAUUUGAUUUGCCUUUGUCCUCUCAACCUGGGAGAUAUCACUUUUGCUGAUGUUGAUGUAAACAAUGUCGAGACCAAAGGGAUUACUAUGGUUGCCUUUGAUCUUCACCCCAGUCUGUAUUGUGGUAAACUCGAAUUUGCUAUUAUGGAUAACAGCUUUUGCUGUACGAUUUACAAUAAUUGAUGGCCAAGCACAGCAUCCAAUAGUACCUACGAACUACGGUAAAAUACGUGGCACAAGAACAGCUCUGCCCAUUGAGAUUCUUGGCCCUGUCGAGCAAUACUUGGGAGUUCCUUAUGCCUCACCCCCAACUGGAGAGAGACGCUUUCAGCCCCCUGAGCCACCUUCAUCUUGGACUGGUGUCAAGAAUGCUACGCAGUUUGCUCCAGUUUGCCCACAGUUCUUGGAUGAAAGAUCUUUAUUAAACGAUAUGCUGCCUGUAUGGUUUACUGCCAAUUUGGAUACAGUUGUAUCAUACGUACAAGAUCAGAGCGAAGAUUGUCUAUAUUUAAAUAUAUACGUGCCAACUGAGGAUGGAGCCAACACAAAGAAACAAGCUGAUGAUAUUGCCAAUAAUGAUCGUGGUGAAGAUGAAGAUAUACAUGAUCCAAACAAUAAGAAACCUGUCAUGGUAUAUAUCCAUGGAGGAUCCUACAUGGAAGGAACUGGGAACAUGAUCGAUGGAAGUAUUCUUGCAAGUCAUGGGAAUGUCAUUGUUAUUACCGUCAACUACAGGCUAGGUGUUUUAGGAUUUUUAAGUACAGGAGACCAGGCUGCAAAAGGAAACUAUGGAUUACUUGACCAAAUACAAGCUUUGCGAUGGAUUGAAGAAAACAUUGGAGCAUUUGGGGGAGACCCAAAACGAGUGACUAUUUUUGGAUCGGGGGCAGGAGCCUCUUGUGUUAGCUUACUGACAUUGUCCCACUAUUCAGAAGGUUUGUUCCAGAAAGCAAUCAUACAAAGUGGAACAGCCUUAUCCAGCUGGGCAGUGAACUACCAGCCUGCCAAAUAUACUAGGAUAUUGGCAGAUAAAGUGGGCUGUGACAUGUUGGAUACUAUUGACUUAGUUGAAUGCCUUCGAGAGAAGAACUACAAAGAACUCAUUCAACAAUCCAUCACCCCAGCCACGUACCACAUUGCAUUUGGACCAGUCAUUGAUGGUGAUGUCAUUCCAGAUGACCCUCAGAUUCUCAUGGAACAAGGGGAGUUCCUUAACUAUGAUAUUAUGCUUGGAGUGAAUCAAGGAGAAGGUUUAAAAUUUGUCGAUGGCAUGGUAGAUAAUGAAGAUGGCGUUUCUCCAAGUGACUUUGACUUUUCAGUGUCCAACUUCGUAGACAAUCUCUAUGGUUACCCCGAGGGAAAAGACACACUUAGGGAAACCAUUAAGUUCAUGUACACUGAUUGGGCUGACAAAGAAAACCCUGAAACGAGAAGGAAGACUUUGGUAGCACUUUUCACAGAUCACCAGUGGGUGGCUCCUGCUGUUGCAACAGCUGACUUACAUGCUCGAUAUGGUUCUCCAACAUACUUUUAUGCAUUCUACCACCAUUGCCAAAGUGAAAUGAAACCAACUUGGGCUGAUUCUGCUCACGGUGAUGAAGUCCCAUAUGUGUUUGGCAUCCCUAUGAUUGGACCCACAGAACUCUUUAACUGUAAUUUCUCAAAGAAUGAUGUCAUGCUUAGUGCAGUAGUUAUGACAUAUUGGACAAAUUUUGCCAAAACCGGUGAUCCAAAUAAACCAGUCCCACAAGACACAAAGUUCAUCCAUACAAAGCCCAAUCGAUUUGAAGAAGUUGCAUGGUCCAAAUAUGAUCCAAAGGAUCAACUCUAUUUACAUAUUGGCUUAAAACCAAGAGUAAGGGAUCACUACAGAGCAACAAAGGUGGCUUUCUGGCUGGAAUUGGUACCACAUUUACAUAACCUGAAUGAAAUCUUCCAGUAUGUGUCAACAACCACUAAGGUGCCUCCUCCUGAUAUGACAUCCUUUCCUUAUGUCACAAGAAGGUCACCUGUUAAAUCAAGGGCUACCACAAAACGUCCUGCUAUGACACCGGCAAAUAAUCCUAAAGAAACUCAAAAAACUGUUUUGGGAGAAAGUACUAUUAUUACAGAAGACAAGCGAGAUUACUCAACAGAACUCAGUGUUACAAUUGCUGUUGGCGCAUCCCUCUUGUUUCUUAACAUUCUGGCCUUCGCGGCUUUAUACUACAAAAAAGAUAAAAGGCGUCAUGAGACACACAGACGCCCAAGUCCUCAAAGGAAUACAACAAACGACAUAGCUCAUAUACAAAAUGAAGAAAUAAUGUCAUUGCAGAUGAAACAGCUGGAGCAUGACCAUGAGUGUGAGGCCUUGCAGGCGCAUGAUACUUUACGGCUAACCUGCCCACCCGACUACACCCUCACACUAAGGAGGUCUCCAGAUGACAUUCCUCUCAUGACUCCAAAUACUAUUACAAUGAUUCCGAAUACACUAACAGGAAUGCAACCCCUGCAUACCUUUAAUACCUUUAGUGGAGGCCAAAAUAGUACUAAUUUACCCCAUGGGCAUUCUACCACUCGGGUAUAGCUUUGCCACUUUUUCAGCCACGUGAAGAAAACAAAAACAAACAGAAUAUUCAUCAAGAUGUAAGAAGGAGUUAUUUUCUUACUCAUUUUAUCCAGGCUAGAGGAUGUAUCCAAUAUCUAUAAAGAACAGACCGAAACAUGAAACGUGUAAAUACUCUUAUGAUGUUACUUAUGAAUUUAUCCCUGCUAGAUGAAGAGCUACACUUUCUGGACAUUCUCUUUACAGUGAAUGGAUGUUUCCUCAAUCACACAUGACAAAAACUGGUUGCUUUGGAAGAUGUUAAUUAUCAAUCUGCUUUGUUUUUGUUUUCUGAGCUCUCUAUGUGCCAUAAAAUGAAUGGCCCUUGGUCAAACAAGUAAAUAUAUUAAGCUUUUUUAUGAAGCUACACAUUACGAUGGAAACUAUUUAAAAUAAAAAGAGGGACUGACUAUGCAGAAUAUAUGUUCUGACAAGGAAGGCAAAUGCCAUUAUGAACUGUAUUUAAAGAAAACAAUAUUUGUAAAAAAUGUAAAUAGCUGUGAGUUAAAAAUUAUCUUUUAUCGAUGUUUUAAGUUUAAAACAAAAGAACUUUUAGAAAAAUUGUGCUUUUAGUUGUUACCUAUGUGUAUAUACAUUAGUCAAGACCCAUCUCUGUUGCCUCCAGAAUAAGAAAGAGUUUUCUUCUUAAUAACCUAUCCUUGAGAAGGUUUUGGAAUUUUUUAACCUUAUUCAUUUGUAGGGAAAAACUGCAAGUUCACUUGAAGAUGACAUUUUGAAUAUGUUAACAAAAAAAGUUACCUUUUGAGGUUCUACAAAUGCAUGUUCAAUUUAAUCUGACAAGCUGAUUAUUAUUACUAUCACUUUUUUUAUUUUGUUAUUUUUUGCAUUUUUCAUUUUGGGCUUUUGUUUCUUAAGAAAGACAGAGCGGUACAUAAAAUUCAUUUGAGUAUGCUUUGAGUUGCUGUUUUAAGUGCCCAUAUGAAUUUAGGAAAGCUUGUUAACUGGUUAGUCAAACUAUACCAUAUGUCUCUGUAUUCACCGACCUCUGCGGCAGAGUUAGAACUGUCUUCUGUAACACUAACAGAAUCAAUACUGAGGUUCAGUUAGUUUAAGUGAUGAGAACUGAGUCACUACAUAGACUAUACAACGUCUGUCAUUUUAUAUGUGGGUCAGGAAACAUUUUAAUUUUUUAAUUUUAAUGAUUAUGUACCUGUUACAUGAGUAAUGCACAUAAUGAAAAGAUAUAAAGAGAGAUCACCAAAUGAUUUUCAAAUAAAUUCUGAACAUUUUAUUGGAAAAAAAUAUAA